AUGUCAACGACAGAAAAAAGUAACGAGAAACGAUGUGAACGGGAUGGCAGAGAAAAAGUUGACAAAAUCCGGCGAUUUUUAGCGCAGUUCUGCGCUACAACCGUUGAGAAUUUGUUGUUGAUUGACAUGGGUCUGUGUCGUACGUUCCCAUUCAUCAUCAUAGCAGCUCUAACUGGAUUCCCGAACAAGCACAAUGUGGAUGAAACACUGUCACUUACUCCCAUCGAAGCGUCGUGGCUGGCAAGUUUUGGGUUCAUAUCCGAGCCGAUUGGAAGUCUACUGUCAGCACUGAUCACGGCCGAAAAGCUCAAGGAAUUGAAACGAAAGCAAACUCUUAAGCCUUUUUCCAUUGUGAUGGCGCUGUUUUGCAUCAGUGUAUUCUCCACAACAUUUUCAAUGUCAACGUACAUCGUACAGAUUCUAAAAGCAUACAAAAUACCAAUGGAACCAGAUGAAGCUGCUGCUGUUUUAAGCUAUGUGAAUAUCCUGGGCACUAUUUCUUUCUUGUGUCUAAUUCGAUUCACUGGCAGACGAUAUUUGUACUUAACGAUGCUGUCGGUAGUAUUCUUGAGCGCGGCCGUCAUUUGUGGCUAUGGUUUUAUGGUUCUGCCAAUCGGAUACAGCUCGUUCCCAGAUCUAUCGCCCAAUUUUCCACUGGAGAAUAGUGAUCUUGGAUACAUUCCUUUUGUGUGCAUAAUUUUAUCUAGUUUUUGCAAUUUCUGCGGCAUCGAUUCAAUGGGAUGGCAAAUGAUUUCGGAGGUUUUCCCGUACAAAACUCGCGGAAUAGCGACCGGAAUAACGGCAGCCUUGUACUAUGUGCUGCGUUUCAUUGGUGCGAAAACGUUCUACAGCUUAGAAACAACGUUGUCAAUGCCCGGAGUGGCUUUGUUCAAUUGCAUCAUCAUUGCCUUUGGAUUGAUUUUAAUGUACAAAAUUCUGCCAGAAACGGAAAAUCGAACGCUAGAAGACAUUGAAAUGCACUUUUCAGACAAUUCCAAGAAAUUGACCGAUCGAAAAAUUCCAAAAUUAGACUUAAGUCAAAUUGGAUCGGCGAAAAACAACAGCAAUAUGCCAACCAGACCAGUAUCGAUCAAAGGAAUUGAUGAACAGAACAAUAAGAAGAGUGGAAUUGGCUGUGAUAACCGAAGCUUUGUCGCUGACAGUUGAUUAUGGUUUUAUUUAUUGGAUUUUUUUU